UCAAGGAAAUCCGACAUCAAGCCAGUGACUUCCCUUGUAAAGUAGCCAAGCUUCCAGAAAAUAAAAAUCGGAACAGAUAUAGAGAUGUCAGCCCCUUUGAUCACAGUCGAAUUAAGCUACAGCAAGGUGAUAAUGACUAUGUGAAUGCAAGCUUGAUUAAAAUGGAAGAGGCACAAAGGAGCUACAUUCUGACUCAGGGUCCUCUUCCAAAUACUUGUGGUCAUUUCUGGGAAAUGGUUUGGGAGCAGAAAUCUCGGGGCGUUGUCAUGCUCAACAGAGUGAUCGAAAAGGGAUCGGUAAAAUGUGCAAAGUACUGGCCAAGUAAAGAAGAAGGGGAAAUGAUGUUCACAGACACAAAAUUCAAGUUAACUUUAAUUUCUGAAGAUGUGAAAUCAUACUAUACAGUACGGCAAUUGGAAGUGGAAAACCUCGCAACCAAAGAAAGCAGGGAAAUAUUGCACUUUCAUUAUACCACAUGGCCUGAUUUUGGAGUACCAGAAUCACCUGCUUCAUUCCUUAACUUCCUUUUCAAAGUGAGGGAAUCUGGCUCACUAAAUCCAGAGUACGGACCUAUAAUGGUUCAUUGCAGUGCAGGGAUAGGACGAUCUGGCACCUUUUCUUUGGUCGAUACUUGCCUCCUUCUGAUGGACAAGCGGAAAGAUCCUUUGUCUGUGAAUAUUAAGGAAGUUUUAUUAGAAAUGAGAAAAUAUCGUAUGGGUCUCAUUCAAACAGCUGAUCAAAUGCGUUUCUCCUAUAUGGCUAUUAUUGAAGGGGCCAAAUUCAUUAUGGGAGACUCCUCUGUACAAGAACAGUGGAAAGAGCUAUCAAAUGAAGAUCUUGACCCACCUCCAGAGCAUAGUCCUCCACCCCCACGGCCUCCAAAAAGGACAACUGAGACACCGAAUGGUAAAGCACCGGAUCAUAGAAUGUCCUUUACUGAACCAAAUGAAAGAACCUGUGAGAAGAAACAGGAAGAAAGUCAUGAUGGUAUAAUGAAUCAACUUAGCAGUUCAAGACCAGAAAGUUCAGAACUAGAACUUCGGAAGAGGCAUGUUGGCGAAAGUGCUUCAAUGCCCACGCAGAUGAGUAAACAGGUGAAUCCAGGAAGAAGUGAAGAGGAUGAAGUGGUGGUGGAAGAGAAAAACUCAUGGUCACAUUGGAAACCUUUUAUGGUUAAUGUAUGUGUGCUCACUGCUCUUACAGCUGGGGCUUACCUCUGUUACAGGGUAUGCUUUCAUUGACAGAUACUCCAGAGAUAAUGUAUGUAUUGCAGUACAGUAAAACAGAUAAAAUAUUUGCUGUUUUGAAAAACUGGAGGGUCCAUGUCUUAAGAAGCAAACCUAGUUUCUGAGGCUGGAGCUUGGGUGCGAAUUAUAGGGAUAUGAUGAUGAUGAUGAUGAUGAUGAUGAUGAUGCACUAUGGUUUGUUGUAGUUCCAUGGUCCCAAGAGCAUAACAAUCAAAUCUCAGGGCCUUGAAUAUUCAGGAGAAAGCAGUAAAAAUGCCAAAUAGCUCUUUAUUUUUAAUGUGUGUGCGUGCGUGCAAGUGUGCUGGGGUAGGGCAGAAUAAUGUUGUAUACUGCAUUCUUUUGAUAUUGAGAAACUAAUCAUGUUCAGACAUAAUCAUAUCCUGUAACCCUGGUGUACUUAAUUCAUAAUUACAAUAUUAGUGUAUGUUUUGCUGUUUUUACAACCAAGUGAAAAAUGCCCAAUAUGUUCUUUAGAAACAUGAUGUAGCAUUUAUGUUAAACUUGUGUUUUCUUCCCGAACACCUUUCAGUAAUCAAAAAUAUAUCUUUUCUAAUGGAUUUUGGGAUGUGUCUGCGGUGAAAUUGCAUUAAUCAAAGCAAAGCUUUGGCUUUAUCUUGCUGCUUUCGUUAAAACAGGUUUGUUAAGAGGCUUCCACUGCCGCUCAGGGUAUCUCAGCAAAUUAGACCUCUUCAACUGUAUCUGGUAAAUAUUUUGCAUUACACAUGUACUUGCUCAUGCACAGACCAUCAAAAAGCAAAGAAAAUUAACUCACAUUUAGCCUUCCGCUUACUCAGUGACUGUAUAAUGGAGGAGGGGUAAUAUAAAAUACAAACAUUUCCACCAGCAUUUUUACAGCUGCGCCACAAAAUGUAACCUGCUAUGUUUGUAACUGAACAUUUUUUCACUCCAUAUUUAUUUGUGACUGUUGCCAAUCUUUUAACAGUGUAUUACAAAUAUAGCAUUUUUCUUCAACCUUGUAACAAAGGCACAUAGACAAGUUUAAAAAAAAAACUUCACGCCCGUACUGGAAACUGACUGCCAACUGCCCUCUAGAAUAUAGGGUACCAGUACUUAAUGUGAGGGAAAAUUGUAAGUAGUCAGUAUAUAGUCUGUUGUCAUCAGAAAAUAAAGUAAUUAACAUUUUUGGAUCAUGUAUAUCAAAAUGCAGGGAUACUAAUGAUGUAUAAUAGAAGAUCAUGUGUAAGCUACAGAAUUGCUUUUUGGAAUGAUUAUUAAUGGUCUGGAUUAUCAUGUAUCCUGGCAGUUGUAUAUUGAAUACCAGUGUAGUAGAGUGCAUGCAGACUCCAUUAGUGUCAUUUAAAUAUGUAAUUGCUCAGAAUAUGAAAGAUGUAUAUCUUAAUUACUACUGUGAACAUGUGUACCAUACAUUGAAAGUCUUUGCAUGAUUGUUCUGGUAGGUAGUAAUUCCAGUGGUUCUGACACUGACAAGUUAUUCCUUCAGUGGUUGAUUUCUCUGGGUUUUUAUAUAAAAGCGAGCAUACCUGUGUUUCCAAUCGAGUAUGGCGUGUGUGUGUGUGUGUGUGUGUGUGUAUGUGUGUGUGUGUAUAUAUAUUUUAUAUAUAUAUAUAUAUAUAUAUAUAUAUCUCAAGUGUGUAUUUUUCUAAUUGAUGUAAUUGAAAUGUCACAUUUCAGGUAGGUAGGAUCAAGUCCAAACAUUCCAAAUUGCCUACAGGGCUUGCUCAUGUCUUACUUCCUGUUGUCUUAAGCAAGGCACAGUUCUCCAGUUGUUUAACUUUGCUAGGUAAGGUUCAAUGUUUGGAGGGUUUUUUUCAAGUAGUGGCUCUGAACUAGGCUGUAUUCCUGUACAGAAAUAUGACUGGCUAAUCUGGUAACUUCCUCCAUUAUAUAAAUUACCAGGUUUUUGGCUGAUUUGAGGCACUUUGUAGAGUUUCAACCAAAAAAGUCUACAUUUUAAUAGCCUACAUCAAUGUUAAAUCCUCAGCACUGGGGUAUUAUUUGAAUGCAAUCUAACGGAAAUGAGUAAAUAAGCUCAAAUUGUAAGAUGUUAAAUUAAAAGGCUCUUGUAUAAUUAUGUAGUUAUGUUGUAUGUACAGAAAAUUAAAAGUUGGGUCUGGUAUACCUCUUAAAAGACAGAAAAUGCUAAAUAGCUGCUUUAACGUAAACGAGCUAUUGAGCUGCUGUGCUAAAUGCCUUAAUUAAAAUGCUCCUUGGAUCUUGCUCUUUCCAGAAUAGUCAUGCCAAUAAGAUAAUUAAACAGAUUAAACAAUUAGAUUGUGUCAUUAAGUGUUUUGCACAUUUUGAUACGAUGAACAGAUUGUGGACCAGUAAUAUAAUAUAAAUUUUCCACAAAAAUGAUCUUUAACAAUUUAAUCUAAGAGUCGUUGUGCUUUAUCUCCACCAGUUGGAAAGGAAGUAUGGUGCACACCACUGUAAUUUUUAGCACUCUGCAAAUGCCCAUGUUCUACCUGGAUACUCAGCAUUUGUUGCCCAUCCCUAAUUGUCUUUGAAUUGAUUGAGUGGCUUGCUGGGCCAUUUCUAUCUGCAGUGGAUCUGAAGUCACAAAGACCAUGCUGUGUAAAGAUGGCCAAUUUCCUUCUCUAAAUGAAACUUAUGAGCCAGAUAGGUUUCAGAACAAUCAGUGGCAGUUUCAUGGCACCAUUAUUGAUGCCAGCUUUUUCUUUUUUAUUCAUUCACAGUGGGGCAUUGCUGGCUAGGCACUAUUUAUUGCCCAUUCCUAACUGCCCAGAGAGCAGUUAAGAUUCAACCAUUACUGUGGGUCUGGUGUCACAUAUAGACCAGACCAGGUAAUGAUAGCAGUUUCCUCUCCAAAGGACAUCAGUGAUCCAGAUGGAUUUUUCCGACAAUGGAUUCAUGUCAUGAUUGGACUCUUAAUUCCAGAUAUUUAUUGAAUUAAAAUUCCGCCAGCUGCUGUGGUGGCAUUCAAACCCAGGCCCCCAGAACAUUACCCGAGUCUCUGGAUUAUUGGUCCAGUGGUAAUACUGCUAGGCUGUCGACUCCCCAGAUUUUAUUUGAAUUUAAAUUUCCACCAAUUUCUCUGGUGAGAUGUAAAGCCAAGAGCACUCAUCUGGGCCUCUGGAUUUCUAGUCAGCAUUACUACUAGGCCAUUGCCUCCCCUAGUUAUGCACACAAAAUUUUGGAAUUCCAAUAUAUUAUCUCAAACCGGUGGACAAAUACAUAGGACCUGGAUCUUAUGGAAUGUCAGCUAUUUGAAGAGUAGCACAUCUUAAUUAUGAAAUAAGCUCUUGCCUCCCCAAGACCCUUCCGUGAUGCUGACUAAGUGAGGAAAGCAAGGCAAAAGGUAUAAAAUGAUUGAGAACAUAUGAGUAGUUUGUUCAGUUUGGUAAUAUUUUUCUCUUUAUAACUCUGGCAAUGUGUGCAGUUGAUUAAUACAGUGACACCAGUUGUUCAAUAUGGAAACUUAAUUCAACCUUGCUUUAAUUGGCAGUGAUCGUUAUUCUUAUUAACAGCAAAUUUAGUCACUUGACUUAUUAAAAUAUCUUUCCAUUAUCAAUCUUUGUGCAAUGAACCUCAUGUAAUUGAGAUACUUCAGUUUAUUCAAGUUUUUUAAAAAAAGAGCUUGGUCAAAUAUGUGAAAGUGUUGUAAAGGUGAAUUUGGUCCAGGUUUUCUAGCAGAUUUUGAAUGAGCAAGCAAACAUCAGUAUUUGAAUACCAUAGUUUAUUGUUCUGAAAUGUUGAGUUUGAAGGUUUAGGGCAAUGCAGAGUUCAGCUUUAACAAUCAGCUUCCCGAAGGAAGUUAUGGACGAGAGACAAAUAGUCAACAUUGUAGAAACUGACUUGUAGACUCUGCAUCAGCAUUCAUUUGAAUCUGAUUUUUCGACAGGCUCAUUCCUGUCUAUCUGUGGAGAAUUGAAGCUGGUCAUUCACAGAGCCUUGCAGUACUGGGUUGUGUAAAAGUUUCAGCAGUAGUCAUGAGUUUUUGUGUCAUUUGAUCACGUUUUGUCAUCCAUCCAAUUAAUGAAAAAAAAAUCAACCACGUUGCUCUUAAACAAUAGUCACAUGUUUAUCAGAGUAUAGUUCAGUUGUCUGUUUUCUAUUACCUUAGAACUUGAAGAGGCCGCUAACUCCAGAAGAGUCUACCUUCUCAUCUUCUAUUUGGUUACCAUAACCAUGAGAGAGAGUAGAAGAAUUAGGCCAUUCCGCCUAUCACGUCUGAUCCCCAAUUCAAUCAUGGCUGAUACAUGUCUCCAUCCCAAUGCUCCUACCUUCUCGCCGUAACCCAAAAUCCCCUUACUAUCUAUCAAUAACCUAUUUAUUUCUGCCUUAAAGAUACUCAAUGAAUUGGCUUCCACAGCCUUCUGCAACAGUGAAUUCCAUGGAUUCACCACCCUCUGGCUGAAGAAUUUUGUUCCCUCUAUAUAUGUUGCGUAGGGCUGAUCUGAAGCACUGUGAUUUAAAGGGUUGGCCUUGGUAGGGUAGUAGUCCAGUUGCUCUGAGAACCUUUCUUGGGAAAUCUAGUGACAAGGUUGCUACCUGAAAAACUUGAUUUUAUUUAGACGGUGGUUGUUUUUGCACGGCGGUUGCAGCAGACAUGGCUGACAGGUUUGAAAUGUGCAAUUUAAUCAAGCUGAGGCUACACAACAAGAUCUAAAGUACUACACCAUCGUGAGAAUAGAUUUGUUGAAGUGAGAUGUUAAAAGGAACAGGGCAUUAUUAAUCGGGUAAACAGGUUUUUGGAAGCUGACCAGAAGUCAAUUUUACUAAAUGCCUAGAUACUGCAUAAAUGGCAAGAGAUGAUCUUCUAAUGCUCUGUCAGAGCACAAGACAAUGAUUAGCUAAUGGGUUUUUCCACCAUAAGCCCCUUCUAAACCUCAAGCCUUUUACCUUAAAUCUAUAACCCUAGUUAUUGACCCUUCUACUAGGGGGAAAACUGUCUUCCUAUAUCAUCUGUCUAUACCUCUCAAAUUUAUAGACCUCAUUCAAGUCCCCCUUCAGCCUUCUCUGCUUUAAGAGAAACCACCAGCCCAUGUAGUUUCUCUUCAUAGCUGAAACACUCCAGCCCAGACAACAUCCUGGUGAAUAUCCUCCACACUCUUUCGAGUGCAGUCUCAUCCUUCCUAGUGUCAUUCAUCCAUCAUCUUCCUGUGCUUGUAUUCAGUACAAAUAAAGGCAAGCAUCUGAUAUGUUGUCUUAACUACUUUAUCUCCACCUGACCUGUUGCCUUCAAGAAUCUGAAUCUCAUUGAUCUUCUGUCCUCCCUAUGAUCCUAACAUUCAUUGUGUAUUCUCUUGCCAUGUUAGUCUUUCCAAAAUGCAUCAUCUCACUUUUUUUCUGGAUUUAAUUCCAUUUGCCAUAGAUAUGCCCAUCUUUAUUGCCCUACAAUCAGGCUUUCCUACUUGCUAUUUACCACACUACAAUUCUCAUGUCCAUACAAACUUAUUGAUCAGACCCCUUACACUCAUGAUUUAGACAUGAAUUCAUAUUAUAAACAGCAAGGGACCAAGCACCACUGGACGCCGGCUUCCAAAAGCAGCCUUUGACCGUCACGCUCUGCCUCCUGCCUCUAAGCCAAAUUUGGGUCCAUUUUGCCAAUUGCCCUGGAUUCCAUGGGCUCUACCUUCUUGCCCAGUCUUCCACGCUAAUCCUUGUCAAAAUCGUUACCGACAUUCUUGUAGAUCAUGUCCACUGCACUACCGCCAUUCACACCUCUAGUCAGCUUUUUGACUCCAAAUGCUCUGAUGUAGAUUUUCCAACAAGUAGCUGCUCCCAGUCUACUUUAGCCAAAAUCUGUCUCAUUAUAUUAAAAUCAGCUUUCCCCCAGUUGUGAACUUUUUUAUUUGUGGUCCAUCUUUGGCCUUUUAUAUUUCUACCUUGAAUAUUUUGGAGUUAAGAGCCCUCUCAUCAAAAUGCUCUCUCACUGACACUUCUACCACUUGUCCAGCUGCUUUGCGAAAAAUUAGAUCCUGUUUCUUUUAGGACUUUCUACAUGCUGGCUUUAAAAAGUGCUUCUGGAUAUAUUUUAAGAAUCCUACCCUCGAUCAGCCUUUCACUUUGUCUAUCCCAGUUAAUUUGGGGAAGUUGAAAUCUCCCACUGUUUUAUUAAUUUUACACUUCUGUAAUUUGUCUAUAUGUCUAUCCUUGCACCUCUUUCUGACUGUUAGGAGCAUGUGAUAGAUCCCCAAACAUAUGAUUGCCUCUUUUUUGAUUUUGGGUGCUAUCCGCUCGGCCUGAAUGGAGAGCUUACAAGCUAUCGUCCCUCCUUUAUUGCUGUAAUUGACUCCUUGAUAAAUAUUGCGAUACCACCACCUCUUUUACACCCCUGUUUUGUCUGAAGAUUCUGUACCCAGGAAUAUUAAGCUGUCAGUCCUGGCCCACCUCAACCAUGUCUCCUUAUUGCAGUUCUGUCAUAUCACCAUGUGUUAUUCAGUACCCUCAAUUCAUCUGUCUUACAAGACUCCUUGUAUUUAAAUGCAUCCGACCUUGCCGAGCUUCCUUUGUGUUUUAACUUGACUGUGCAUGCUCUGUCACUGACUUGGCUUUUCUUCUAUAUUUGUCUGUACAUCACCUCCACUCCCUAUCCCAUUCCACUGCCAAAUUAGUCCACACGCUCCUCUGCAAAGAUAUUGAUCCUAUUGUGAUUCAGGUGUAACCAUUGGAUUUGUAGACGUUCCAUGAUCCCCAGAAACAGACCCAGUGAUCCAAAUCUAAAGCCCUCUCUUCUGCACUGACUCUUCAGCCAUGCAUUCACGUGUCUAUCCAUAUAUUCCUAUUCUCUCCAGCAUAUGGCACUGGCAGUAAUCCAGAAACUAGACUGCGGCCUUUGAGGACCUACAUUUCAAUCUACUACCUAGCUUCCUAAAUAAAAACCAAAAGAACUGAAGAUGUUGUAAGUUAGAAACAAAAACAGAAAUGCUGGAAAAGCUCCAGUCUGGCAGCAUCUGAAGAGAAAUCAGAACUAAUGUUUCGGGUCCGGUGACCUUCCUCAGAAUUAGCUUCCUAAAUUCUUGUUGCAAGAUCUCAUUCCUCUUUCCUCCCACGUUUAGUACCAAUGCAAACCACAACCUCUGACUAGCCUCCCCUUUCAGAAUUUCCUGCAGCCAUUCAGUGACAUCCCUGACCCUGGUUACAGGUGGGGCAGCAUAUCAUCUUGUAGUUAUGCCUGUAGCCACAGAAAUGCCUGUCUGUUUAACUCAUUCCUUUUUGGAGUUAUUCCCCUGACGCAGUGUCAGUGUUGAUUGCUGAGAAUUUAAAACCUCAGACCUAUUUCCAGAAGACUGUACAUUCGUUUAUUUGAUAUUGUGCAUAUUUUAUAUUAUGGCAGACAUGGCCUGAUUUUCUCCAAGUUUGGCAAGCUUGAUUUUUGUUUUGGACAAUACUGAUUUAGAUAGAAUUGUGUUCAAUUAGUGUGGUACCUGCCUCAAUAUAAUUAAUAAUAUUCACCUUCUGUUCAUUUCAUAUGGAUUCUCUAAUGUGUCUUAUACAUUAGUAGAAAUCUGUGUCCCACUAUAACUACACAAUUACAUUUGAUCACACUUAAAGAAUUCCAGCUUAGAUCUUACUAAUUUGGAUUAGAAAAUUAAGCUGAAAUCAAACAUAGUCAUCUUUGGAGUCUUAUCUGUUUGUAUGUCAGUGUAUGGAUUUCAAAUAAGCUGUUGAAAGUAAUAUUUUCUCCUCACCAAACCAUUUGGCCAAAUUAAGCUUCUGAUUCCAUGCCAGUAAUUACUCCAAAGUGUAACUUGCACACCAGCAAGGGAGUGGUAGGAAAGUGCAAAAAGAAAUUUGUUUAAAAAGUAUUCUGUUGUAAACAUUACUUGCCAUCUAUUGCAAUGUUCAGAGUUCACAACUUAAUUGUCAUUUUAAACAAAAAAAAAUUUUGGUCCAAACAUUUUUAUUUCCUAUAUAGUGUUGCAGUUUAGUGAAUGAUGUGAACCAGCACCCGUUCAAGAAACAGUAUUGUAGUAGCUAUUAUCUGUAACAUGGCAUCCGAGUUUAUCAAUGGAUCAUAAAAUUAUGCAAAGGUGUGUUUCUCUGUGUAAUUAAGUAGAUUUUUGUUUUUUGUACUUUAAACGGAUGAAGAAUAGGGAAAUCUUUUCAGUAUUUUGUUUGUAUGGCCUUGCCCAUACAAUUCUUAGGUCUGGUGUUGCAGAGAACCCUUCAAGUUAAGAACAUAAGUACUACUGUUCUCUCUUUCUCCUGUAGUCUUCCCAACAAUGUGAUUGUUAACAUUUUCUUUUAGAAACAAAUUCUGUAAGAUCACACUAAUUUGCAUAAAUUUCAGGGAUGUGUCUGACUUAACUGGAAUUAUUUUUUGUUUUAAUUGAUGUACUUUUGGACCAAAUGCAUACAAUUUUUUUAAAAAAUCUACCAACUUGUUUUCAUUGUGAUAUGUUGAAAACAGCUUAUUUUUAUAAACUUUCUCAGUGGAACUGUAGCUUUAAUUUAAAAUGAUAAAUGAAUUGCUUGCACUAAGCGUUUGUCAAUAGCUUGACUUCAAAUAAAACCAUAAAGCAGAAAGUUUGAUCAUAUGAAUGUCCUCUCCUAAGUGCACUGCCAAACAACUUUGAAAGCUAAACAGCCCACUCCUAGAAUUAUGGUAAACAAACUGUGCACCAUUUUUGUUCAAUCUAGUUUCUUUAUUAUAGGUAAAUUAUAGGUAAGCACUUGGGAGCUAAAAGUUGCACUUUUCUGUAUCAAUAAUCUUAAAAGAAAACUAAGAUUCACUGACUUUUUACUUGAGCUGGUCUGAUCUUUUAACAUGUUCCUAUUUGACUGUUUCACAUUUUUAUUAGCUUUUUGCCACAGAAGUACUAAAUAGCUUCGUGUAUUUUACUGUACAGUAUCUUAUGGACUAAGAGUAACUGUAUUGCUAUUUUCCAGGUAGCAUUAGCUACUUAUGCAUGUAUUGAUAUUGUUUGAUUUUCUACGGUUUUAUAUUGUUCAACCAUUUGACAAGAAAGAGGUCUGAGGCUUUUUAAGCAUUUACAGACUUUGCAAAACCAUUUAAAAUUUUACCAGCUGGCUUUCACAUGCACCACAUUAAUUUUUAAUUUAAAAUAAAAAAACAAAUUGAAAACAAA